AUGAGUGAAGGCGAAGGAAAUAAUUCUGACAACUUUUCUCAGGACAACGACGAACGUCACAGAGAUAGUAGUAGACAUUCUGAAGAACGACUCCGCGAUGAUGAUGAUAGAACUCCAUUUAGAAGUCCUAGACAGGAUCGUCAUGACGACAGACGCGAUGAUAGACGUAGUCCACUUAGCCAUUCCCGUUCUAGAUCCCCUCGUAGAUCCUCCAGGUCACCAAGUGGAGGGGACGAAGAAAACCUAAAUCCAGGAAAUAAUUUGUUUGUAACUGGGUUAUCCAUGAGAACUGGCGAUCGUGAAUUAGAAGAUAUAUUUUCAAAAUAUGGAAAGGUCUUAAAAGCUCAAAUUAUGUAUGAUCCACAUACUAGAGAGUCGCGUGGUUUCGGAUUUGUUACAAUGGAUACACUUGACGAGGCUGAGUCAGCAAAAGAAGGGAUUAGUGGUUCAGACAUCAACGGACGAGUUUUAACUGUUGAGAAGGCUCGUCGUUCAAGAGCUAGAACUCCCACACCUGGUCGUUAUUAUGGACCACCGAAACGUAGAGAACCUCGUAGGGUUGACAGAUUUGAUCCUAGAUAUGAAUACAGCAGAUCUUAUGAUCGCUAUGAAAGACCACCUCGUGGUUAUGGGCGUGAACCUUAUUAUGAUCGUGCGUAUGAUAGGCCUUAUUAUGAUAGAGGAUACGAAAGAGGAGGAUAUGACCGUGCUUACGAGAGGACUUAUGAUAGAGCUUAUGAUAGAGAAAGACGACCUCCCCCGCCUGCCCGAUAUGAUCCUUAUCCACGACCACGUUCUCCCUAUUAA